GCAGACAAAGAAGAAUUUAAAACUACUUUCACUCCUGCUUAUGAUCCAGAGCUGGUGACGAAGGCAGAAAUGAAGACGGACCGGUUAAUGGAGAGCUUUGCCUUUUGGCUCAGCUUCACUGCAGACGGCGCUCCAAGCAGCCUACGGUGGCCUUGCUGUGACACUCUGAGGAGGAUCCUGUUCUCUACAAACGCUUCCUUUCUGGCAGGUUGGAGGGAAUCUUGCUGCUUUCCAGCCUGCUGACACAUUGAACCCAAUAAACCUGCAAUAGAACCUCAGGCCUCACUUCCCUCUGGAGGUUAUCAGAGUUCAGGUCCAUGGAGAAGAUCAGGACUCACCUUCCCAUGAUGCACUUCAGCAGCCAGACGCUCAACUUCCUUUGAAUAUCUGGCAGCGUGAAGGCCGCCAGCUGUUCCAACCACAGACAUGUGGCUGGAUCAGCCACAUGUCUGUGGUUGGUGCUUAGCUCUGCAGGGAGGAGUAGUGUGUGUGUGUGUGUGUGUGUGUGUGUGUGUGUGUGUGUGUGGGCGUUCCUCCUCAGGUAAGGCCAGGCAGGUUACUUCCUUAUUGAUUCAGGUUGAAGUCUCUUCAUGAUGAAGGUCGGGUCGUCUUCCUCCAGAGUCCUGCUGCUGCUGCUGACCCUCUGGGCUGCAGGAAGUGAUGCGCAGAUCGAUGUCUGCGGCAGCGCGCCGCUCGGCUCCAGCCGCGGCCCUCGGAUUGUGGGCGGUCAGGACGCGGCGGCCGGCGCCUGGCCCUGGCAGGUCAGUCUGCACCAGGGCGGCCAUUUCUGUGGCGGCUCCCUGAUCAGCCAUCAGUGGGUCCUGAGCGCCGCCCACUGCUUCCCAAGCACCGUCACCGCGAACCUGAUGGUUUACCUCGGACGGCUCACCCAGCAGUCCUCCAACCCCAAUGAGGAGUCCCGCAGGGUGAGCCGCGUCAUCACGCACCCGGACUACAACGACCAGACCAAAGACAACGACGUGGCGCUGCUGCAGCUGCAGGAGGCCGUGACCUUCACCGACUACAUCCGGCCGGUCUGCCUGGCGGCGGCCGGCAGCGACUUCCCGGCCGGACAGAGCAGCUGGAUCACCGGCUGGGGCGACGUCCGCUUCCAGGGCCCUCUGCCUUUCCCCCAGACGCUGCAGGAAGCGGAAAUCCCAGUGGUGUCCAACUCCCAGUGCAGCACCUCCUACGACUCCAUCACCAGCAACAUGAUCUGCGCCGGGCUGACCGAAGGAGGGAGAGACACCUGCCAGGGGGACUCCGGCGGUCCGAUGGUCAGCAAUGACGGCACCAGGUGGGUCCAGUCUGGGAUUGUGAGUUUUGGGUUCGAGUGCGCCCGGCCUGGUUACCCCGGGGUUUACGCCCGGGUGUCUCGGUACCAGGACUGGAUCAGCAAGCAGCUCGGCGCAGAUCCGCUGGGCUUCGUCACCUUCAGAGGCUCACCGUCCGCAGCGCCGCACUGGGCCGCCGGGUCCGUCCUACCAGCCCUCUGCUGCCUGCUGGUCCUGUUCUGAUGGGUUCUGAUGGGUUCUGAUGGGUUAGUCUACAGAACCAAACAUGAAGUUAUUUUCUCUUUAAUCAGCUUUUGAUCACAAACUGAAUGAGAACCUGACCAACAUGAUCUAUAUUUCUGGUUAUGGUCAGUUAAUAAUAUUUACUAUUUGAUGCAAACCAAUAAUUCAAUCAACAAAAUUAUUUUCUGUCAACUUCAAGUUGUAAAAAUAUGAAAAUAAAAGCACAGCAAUGAAUAUAUUAAUGUUCAGUGAAUGUUCUGGGAAAUCUAAUUUUUAUCAUUCUAUGAAAACAUCACUUUAUAAAAACUGCAUCAAAAUUAUUUUUCCAUUAAAAAUAAAACAAAUGACAUCUUACCAAUGAACUUUGAAUGUUUUAGUUUAAAAAGCAACAAUGAAUGAGUUGGUUUUGAAGAACAAAUGUUUAAUAAAUGAAAACAUAACUGCAGCUUUGACCUGUU